AUGUCGCUCACUAAUGAGGUCAACGUUGACCGCGUCAGUGGGGAGUCGAAGAACCCUCGCAAUGAAGCCGUCCCACUUGGUGAGCCUGCCAGUCUGAUGGGUAAGGGGAGUCCCGGUGUUCGUCGUAUCGAAAUUAUUACAUCGCACUUCCGAUUCUGGGAUCGGGUCUUCCUCUUUCUUGCUGUUUUCUUGAUCGCCUAUGUGUACGGCUUGGAUGGCACUGCUCGUUACACAUAUCAGCCCUAUGCUACUCAGCAUUACGGCCAACACAGUCUUCUUGCGACCAUCAAUGUUCUCCGAGCCGUAAUCGCUGCUGCCGCACAGCCUACUGCAGCAAAGGUGGCAGAUGUAUUCGGCAGAGUGGAACUUAUCCUUGUCUCGAUCCUCUUCUAUACUGUGGGCACCAUCGUGGAAUCAUGCGCGGUGACUUUGUCGGGUUUCGCUGCGGGAGCUGUGAUCUAUCAGAUUGGAUACACCAGCAUUAUGCUUCUGGCCGAAGUGCUGAUUGCCGAUGUGACUUCUAGCCGAUCUCGUCUUUUUUUCUCCUACGUCCCGGCCAUGCCGUUUAUUAUAAAUACCUGGAUUAGCGGCAAUGUGACCGAUGCGGUUCUUAAGGCUACCACAUGGCAAUGGGGCAUUGGCAUGUUUGCUAUCAUCUAUCCCGUGUGCGCUAUCCCUCUUAUUGUAGUCCUUUUUGUCGUCCACCGACGCGCGAAGAAGGCUGGGGCACUUGAAUCUUACAAGAGCUCUCUCCAGCUGCUUGGCAAAAAGCAACUGGCUGUAGAACUAUUCUGGCACCUGGACAUCGUCGGCAACAUUCUGUUGAUUGCCAUGCUGGCAUGUAUUCUUGUUCCAUUUACCCUCGCUGGAGGCGUAACUGCACAGUGGAAGACAGCAAAGGUAAUUGCGCCACUUGUCGUUGGCGUUUUGCUGAUCCCGGUCUGGAUUGUCUGGGAGAGAACCUGCCAAUACCCGAUGCUUCCAUUCAAGCUUCUCAAAGACCGUGCUGUUUGGGGUGCUCUUGGAAUCCCUAUUAUGCUCAACACCGCGUGGUACCUGCAAGGAGAUUUCCUAUACACAGUGCUCUACGUGAGCUUCGGCGAAUCAAACCUGAGUGCCACUCGGAUCACGCAGCUUUACAGUUUCGUUUCGGUUAUUACCGGCGUUAUUCUCGGCCUCAUUGUCAUGAAGGUUCGCCAAUUGAAGCCCUUCAUCGUGGCCGGAACCCUCCUGUUCAUGGUUGCCUUCGGAAUUCUCAUCUAUUUCCGAGGCGGCGUUGCGAACUCCAGUCAUUCCGGUGUCAUCGGUGCGCAAGUUCUGCUUGGUAUUGCUGGUGGAAUGUUCCCUUACCCGGCUCAAGCCAGUAUCCAGGUCGCAUCUAAGCACGAACAUCUCGCUGUGAUAACUGGUCUCUACCUCGCCGCCUAUAACGUCGGUAGCGCACUAGGAAACACAAUCUCCGGCGCAAUCUGGAACCAAGUUCUGCCUUCUGAACUAAACUAUAGGCUCGGGAACGAAACCCUCGCCGCGUAUGUCUACGCUAAGCCUCUUGAGUUUGCAGCGGCAAAUCCUGUGGGUACGCCCGAUCGAGACAACGUCAUUCUGGCCUAUCAGAAGACGCAGCGACUGCUGUGCAUCACGGGUAUCUGCUUGACAGUGCCCUUGAUUGCCUUCGCCCUCGUUAUUCGCAACCCGACACUCACGAAGGAGCAGAGUCUUGCUAAGGCGGAGGAGGAGAGCAGUGAUUCUGAUUUUUCUCCUCGGUGA